AUGGGAAAUCCCUGGGAUAUCCCGAUAUACGUCAUCGUUGUUUGGACGUGGCACAGACAGCCAUUUUUGAGGAAUAAACAUAAACAACACGUUUUUAUUCUAAAAGAAAGGCAUAUACUAAACUGUGAAAAUGAUGGAGGAGGUGGCGCUCAGAUCUCAGACUCCAGUCCUGCCUCUAGCGACUCAAACCAGGAUAAAGAUGAGAAUGGUUUUGUCAUUGUUGCAGAGAAAAAGUCAGGGACCCCAUCUACGGGGUCAGAAUCUGGGUCAAGAGGCCCUGCUUCACAAUCUGUAGGCCCCACAUCUACAGGGUCUUCCCCAGCUGCCACACCACCAAGGGCUGGAAGUUUACCACCCCCAACAGGACUACCUUCUCUUGCUAGCCCACUUUCUCUUACCAGCACUCCAGGGCAACAGUUGACAUUUUCUCCAGUCACGACAGGUUCAGAACCAGUUCAGGGACUUCCUGUUUUUACCCCAGGCACCACCCCCCUAGCACAGACCCCAGCUGCCUUACCGACCCUACCCAGCUCAAUAACAUCUGCACCUCAGAUACCAUUAACUGGCCUGACAACCCUUGUAUCUUCAACUGUAGCGCCACCUGUUGGAAGUUACCAGCCUAGUUCACAGGUGACAGCAUCAGUCAGUCAGCAGUUGUCAGGGCAACAAAUAACCACAGCACCAGGUUUAGUACAGAGUCCCAUUGAUGUUAGUUCCACCAUAGAUGUACCAAUAGACACAGAACCUAAGGCAUCAACAGCUCAGCAGCCUCUUCCCCAGGGAGGCCAAGGAGGGGGUAGUGUAUUUGGUUGGCUUGGGGGAGGCCUGAUGCAGAAAGUUGUAGAGAAAACCAAGAGCGGGGUGGAGUCCAUGAUCACGACCCUUGACCCUGGCAUGAAACAGUAUAUCAGAAGUGGAGGGGAUGUUGACAUCAUGGUUACUUCCACUAAAGAAGUCAAAGUUGGAGCAGUGCGUGAUGCCUUUCAGCUUGUCUUUGGUAAAGCUACAGUGAAUGGCAUGGACAGUCAGCCCAAUAUAGCUCCUCAGCCUGUAGGUUAUACAGCUGGCCUGAAGGGAGCAGAAGAGAGACUAGAUAACUUAAGGAAAAGUGGGCUCAUACAUGAGGAUCACCCUGUAUUGGCUGUGGAGAACUUUAUAGUUGAAACCCUACCUGAUAGGUGGUUUGACAUUGGUUGUAUUUUACUACGAGAUCCAUAUCACAACAUAGAACUUCAGACAUUCACCCAGGCCACACCUAUACCAUCAGAGUAUGUAAUGCAGGCUCAGGACCAAACAGCGGGGGACUAUAAUCUCCGCUGGUCAGGACUUUCAUGUACAAUAGGACAGGUGAUUCAACAGAAUCUCCCUCAAGUGGACCAUGCCGAUUGGCAUCAAAGUUUGACGGGAGUAUCGCGACGAGAUAUGAUAUUCCUCGCUGCAAAAACUCUAGCAGGAUUGUAUAAACAGCGAUUACCUCUGAUUAAGUCUACGUAGCACAGAUAUACGUAAUGUGUUGAGGAAGACUGGUGGAGUGCAAUUUGAAAGGGGGUGUAAAUUCAAGAAAUAAUUAGAAAAGGUUGUACAUACUGUAAACAUAGAUGAUUUGCCAAAAUUCACUUAUGGUGCAAUUCAUUAAUUCUACAUGGCUCAAAUUGAUGAUUUGAUGAUCAAUGAGAACUGUGGACAUUACUGUAGACAACAAACAAAAUAUACUUAAGACGUUCAAAAUUUCAAGAAGUGCUCAU